UGCACUCUUACAUAAAGUACUUACCGUUGCAAGAUGGCCGCCCGGUUUGGAUUUCAAACACAAAGAGCGAUCAUAAGAAAUUUCGCCCAAAUUUCAGCUAUUCGCGGUAUAUCUACAUCAGGUGUGCCAUUAUUAGGACAGGCCGAGUUCGAUGUAGCAAAAAAUCGUGUCAAUACCCUGAAGGAAGACCCUGGAAACGAGGCAAAGCUGAAAUUAUACGCGCUUUUUAAACAGGCUACUGUAGGUCCUUGUGACUCACCCAAACCUGGUGCAUUUGAUUUUGUUGGCAAAGCCAAGUGGACUGCAUGGAGUAAUUUGGGAAGCAUAUCCAAGGACGACGCACAAGAACAAUACAUCAAAUAUGUAAAUGAUUUAGCAGCAAAGAUUGGCACCUCAGAAAGUCCAGAGGAAGGCAGCCAAGCUGAGCCUGACACAGGUAGCCAAUACAAGGAGAUUGAAGUGACUUACAAGGAUGGGAUACAGACCAUCAAACUCAACAGACCCAAGAAGUACAACGCUAUAACAUGGGAGAUGUACCAAGAAUGGAUAAAUGCUCUAGACGAAGGGGCAAAGAGCAGCUCCUGUGUCGUUACCUUGGUAACAGGUGCAGGAGACUACUACUGCAGCGGCAAUGACUUGAGCAACUUUGCAAAGAUCCCCCCUGAAGGUCCUGAGAAAAUGGCACGAGCUGGACGUGAAGUGCUUAGAAAGUUUGUGAGUGCUUUCAUAGACUACCCCAAACCUCUGGUCGCUGCUAUCAAUGGUCCAGCAGUUGGUAUUUCUGUCACUGUGUUGGGUCUGUUUGACCUGGUGUUUGCAACUGACAGAGCAACAUUUCACACACCCUUUAUGGAACUAGGACAAAGCCCUGAAGGUUGUUCCUCUUUCACCUUUCCUGCAAUAAUGGGACCUUCUCUGGCCAAUCAGGUUCUGCUCGCAAGUCGUAAGCUUACAGCAGCAGAAGCUCUAAAAUGUGGCUUUAUUAGUGAGGUAUUUCCGCAUGAUGACUUUAGUCGGGAGGUCUCUCAUCGUAUGGCCGCUAUGGCCAAACUGCCACCAAAGAGUCUAAGCCUUUCGAAGGAGCUGAUCCGCAGUGCGAACAAGGGCAAGCUUCACGAGGUCAAUGAACGCGAAUGCAUUCUGUUGGAACAGAGGUGGUUAUCUGAGGAAUGCAUGACGGCCAUUAUGAAUUUCAUGCAAAGAAAAAACAAAUAGAUUUUUUAUAAGAUUUCAUCCUUGCUGUACUUAUAGCCACCUCCAUAUUGUAAUUUACAUUUCUAUUUAGGCUUUUUCAGCAGUGGCAAUAAUGUAAUGUAUCUUUCAUGAAAAUAAACAAAAAUAAAAACA